GUAGUACUGACUGUGAAUCAUGAACCACUUCGUGAUAUAAGUUAUAAAGUGAAUGCUUCUAUUCCUGACUGGGUAUACCUACGCGUUGUUUGAUAAAGAUGCGAAUCCCUCUAUUGUAAAGGACAAUAAUCCUGAACGAGCGGUGACUUGCAUGUUGUUUGAUGAAAGAGAACGUCUUGGAACAUACAAUGUUAUUGUUAAUCACCUAAAUUGCCAUAUGGGAGUGCUCAGGAAGGCCUCAGCUUGUGAUGAGUAUUGUCUAGUAUCUUGAAGCAUGCUAUGGCAUCAAGCUGCUAUUGAAUCUAUGGUACAUGGUCAGAUUGCAAUCAUUUAUGGACUUUACUGUAUCUUAUAUCGAUAUUUACUGAAAUAAUAAGUUAUCAGAUCCUCGGUACUUUAAAUCUUUGCUGUUUCAUCCAUCUUUAGAUGUGACUGAAAACAAGUAGAAGAUCCUUGACACAAAGCUCUCGGGGCCCCUUGAUAGAUGGACUGCGGGUCGCGCUAUCCUCAUUGGCGAUGCAACUCACGCAAUGAUACCGAUGCAAGGCCAAGGCGCCAAUAUCAGCAUUGAGGAUGCAGAAGCAUUCCGGCUUUUGAUCGAGCCCGGCGUAACCCGCGAUAAUGUCCCUGCAAUCCUAAAGCAGAUAGAGAAGUAUAGGCUACCCCGUGCCGCAGCCAUACUCAAGAACACGAGAAAAACAAGCCGCGGGGUCAGUGGAGGAGAGAGAUAUAGAGUCAUGAACGAGAACUGUACCUAUCAUGGGAUUUUCGAAGCCAUGAAGGGCUAACAAGGCAUAAGAGACUGGUGGCGCAUUUUACAUAUUUCUAUGUUGAAUUUCUUGUAAGAUUCUCAUAAUGACUUUGGGUAUAACUAGUAUGAAUAGAUCUUGAAUAGACG